AAUAAAGUCACAUAAAAUGGAGAUAUAUGUUUGGCAUUUUUGCAGAUAUAUAUCAGACAUACAUCAAACAUCAUACAUCAAAAAAGUAGAGGGAGAAUUUCAGUACAUGACCUAGAGAGGUAAUAAAAGGGUCCCAGUGGCCUCCCCCCACCCCAAAAAAGAGGAAGAUCUACAUUUCACAUUAUCUCCUUGAGUGAACAGGCACAAUGAGGUGAUGUAUUAGGAUGAGUUAUUUGCACACCAGGUUUCACUCCUCUCACUGUUACCACCCCACCUACAGAAGAUGGUUAUGUAAUUCUGUACCAAGCAUUACCUAACACCACACAAUUUACCAGAUGGGGCUCCUCGGGCUUGCGAAUAUUAUCAAACAGGGGAUGCAUGCGUGCUCCCAUGACUACCUAAUAUUCGUGUCCCUGACUUUGAAAAAGGUCCGGGAAGCCCUGGGGCUAAAAUAUCUGAGGCGCGGGCACAAAACCAGUUGCGCGCGCUCCCGGUAAGGCGAGUGCAGAUUCCCAGCAGCCUAUUCAGAUUCACACACAUACACACAUACACGCUGGCAAGCCGGUCGCGCAGGCUCUCCGGAAUGACUCCCACGCCGCCUCAGCGAUGUCGCGCCCGGUCGCAGUUUUUAUCCUGAAACCAUCAGUCUACCUCAGAUGAUCGGCCGUAGCCUCCCCGCGCGCGUGUAUGUCCAGUCUGAGCCCUUUUCUGCAGUGCGAUGCUCACAACAUGUUUCCUCGUCGAGAAGCUCAGCGCUGUGCAGCAUAGAGGAGGCAGCGGAGCGGAGCAACGCGCACAGUUACAGCGGGCUGUUGCAGUAAGGCAGCAUCAUGGAGACUGGAUGUGUGGUUGCCGCGGUGAUUGAAAAUGCUGCUUCAGGACCCCAGGGAGAACCAGGAAGUAGUGACGUCCUUGAGGGAGAUGUGCUGCCUUCUACUGACCUGGACAAAGACGACGCCUUACCUCAAGCUACCAACAGUAAUCCUCCAGAAGAGAAACAGCCACAGGAGACAUCCACUGCCAUGGUGAGGACUGAUGAUAUCACAGAGCAUGCAGCUGAGCCCCUCCUGCGCUCCUGCGUCAGCACGGCUAGCAUGAAGGUCAAGAACAUGAAGAAGCUGACGUUCCCCAGAGGUCACUUCCCCAGGUUGGCAGAAUGUGCCCAUUUCCACUAUGAGACUGUUGACUUUGGCAACAUUCAGUUGGCCUUCGCAGACGGGCAGAGUGAAGGACCGAAGGCUGGUUUGGACUCCAAAGAACUGGUCUUUCUGGUCCAGAUCACUUGCCAGGGUCGAAACUGGUUGGUGAAGAGAUCUUAUGAAGACUUCCGGGUGCUGGACAAACACCUGCAUUUGUGUAUUUAUGACCGCCGUUAUUCCAAUCUCACUGAGCUGCCACGAUACGACACAUUAAAGGACACUGUUGAGUCAAUAACAAAGAUGUUGGCCACCUACCUGUCCCGCUUCUCUGCCAUUGCUGACAACAAAAUCAACUGUGGUCCAGUAUUAACAUGGAUGGAGAUUGACAACAAGGGGAACCAUCUGCUGGUAUCUGAAGAAGCCUCAAUCAACGUCCCCGCCAUCGCCGCUGCCCACGUCACCAAACGCUACACAGCCCAGGCCACAGACGAGUUAACCUUUGAGGUGGGGGACAUUGUGUCAGUGAUAGACAUGCCUCCAAAAGAAGACACAGGCUGGUGGAGAGGGAAACAUGGCUUUCAGGUUGGUUUCUUCCCCUGCGACUGUGUUGAGCUGAUAAAUGACAAGAUUCCCCCCAGUGUUCAAAGCUCAGUGCCGAAGCCAGUGUGUAAGAAGCAUGGGAAGCUGGUAACGUUCCUGAGGUCUUUUAUGAAGUCUCGACCGCCGCCACAGAAGCUGCGGCAGCGCGGUAUCCUCAGAGAGCGAGUGUUUGGCUGUGACCUGGGGGAACAUCUCCACAACUCAGGACAUGAGGUCCCACAGGUUGUCAAGAGUUGUGCUGAAUUCAUAGAAAAGCAUGGAGUCGUGGAUGGAAUCUACAGACUGUCUGGGAUCUCCUCCAACAUCCAGAAACUGAGGCACGAGUUUGACUCUGAACAGAUCCCAGAUCUGAGCAGAGACGUCUUCAGACAGGAUAUACACUCAGUGGGCUCCCUCUGCAAGCUGUACUUCAGGGAGCUGCCCAACCCUCUGCUCACCUACCAGCUCUACGACAGAUUCUCAGAAGCCGUGUCUGCAGCUACAGAUGAGGAGAGACUGGUCAAAAUCCACAAUGUCAUCCAGCAGCUCCCUCCUCCACACUACAGGACACUGGAGUUCCUCAUGCGACACCUCUCCCACUUGGCCACCUUCAGCUCCAUCACUAGCAUGCACACUAAAAACCUGGCUAUUGUUUGGGCGCCUAACCUCCUCAGGUCCAGACAGAUUGAGUCGGCCUGUUUUAGUGGCACAGCAGCAUUCAUGGAGGUGCGUAUCCAGUCGGUGGUGGUGGAGUUCAUCCUCAACAACACAGAGGCACUCUUCAGCCCAAAACUCAAUGCCAUCAUACGGGAAAGCACUGGUAACAACACCUUAUCCAGACCUAAGUCCCUGCUGGUCUGCUCCCCAUCCACAAAGUUACUGUCUCUGGAGGAGGCCCAGGCUCGCACUCAGGCACAGCUCAGCUCCCCGGCCACCACCCCCUGCCUCACCCACAGUGACUACAUUGAGGUCGGGGAGGGACCCGGAGCCCUGCUCGGCAAGUUCCACACAGUCAUCGAGCUCCCAAUGGAGAGCAGCAAGCGGCCUCCUGCUAAGGCUAAAAAGUCUCCUGUGGGGAACUGGCUCUCCUUUUUCCACCUGGGCAAGUCCCAUUCUGUGUCUAAACGUAAACUGAAGCGACACCCCAGCGAGCCUAACGAGAUAAAGAGCAUUGCACUGCCAGGUGGCAGAGGGGAUAGUGGAACAUUGCGCUCCACCAAAAGUGAAGAAUCUCUCACCUCUUUGCACAAUGCAGAAGGGGAACCUCCAAGUUACCGCCCCCUCAGACCUCGUUCGACUAGUGAGGCCAUCUCUGCCAUCAGUAGAGAUGACCUACGCAACACCAGAAGUAAAGAUGACAACAAAACCCACCUACUUAAUGAGAGUCAUAACGGUGCUGACCGUGCCCGCACCGCAGUGUGUAUUUCACCUCCGCACCAGGAGGACGAUCUCGAUCUUUGUCCGCCGGCUGCAGGCAUCUCUACUUUGGACUUUGACCCCAUGUCUUUUCAGUGCAGCCCACCCUCAGCGACCCCUGGAAUGCAACACAACAGAGAUGGAAAUAAAUGGAGGAAGAGCGCAGGCUGUUCUAGUGAAUCGGAGCCAAUUUCCUCUCCGAACAACAACAUUAGCUGCUCUCAGUCUCCAGAUAUUAGCCCCGUUCUUGGUAAAGGUGGGAGGAAGGUUACCUCCAAGCAGCUCUCUCCUAAACUCAGGAAGAAAUCCUUUAAGACGCAAGCAGAUGUUCAGACUGCAUCUGCAUCCCUACCACCUUUCCCUCCCUCCUCUCCCCCAGUGGAGAAAUGUGAAGCUCCAGUGGCAGAUGGAAAAGAGCCAAGAGCCUCCUACCAACACUGCAGCCCACUCAGCACAGCGAGCCAGGCAUCAGCCCUGACCGACCUCAGCCAAUCUGCACAGAACCUGCCCGAUCCAGGAACAGAUAGACUUAUGAGUUCAGUGUCUGUUCUCCCUCCUCACCCUCCCCUGACGAGUGCUGCACGCAAGUUGGCUUUGGCUCUGGCCGAAUCUGCCCAGAAGGCCAGCAACAGCUCCCAAAGACGAAACAACAUCCCAUCACACCCUCUCCAGAGACAGGAAGCUUCUCACGCACAGGAGAGACCACCCCGGCCCUCUGUUCUCGAUCUCAAAGUGUACCCCCAGGAGUACUGUAGCCCUCAUGUUUCCCAGUGGCAGACAUCAGCGCACGGCCCCGUGGAGAGCCUCUGCUGCUCUCACCCCGGUCAUUUCCCGCCUGCACACCUCUGCCCGGAGCCGUUGCAGGUCACUGACGGACAGGAAAGCAUGUGUAAUUUCACGCCUAACGUCAGCCCGCUUGGGUCAGGGAGCUUGGAUGAAGGCAGCACAGACAGGAGGGACCGCAAAGAGGAAAAAGAGCUUAGAGAUGUCGCACAAGCAGAGCCCACCUAUCAGAGUGUUGGCGUUUCAACACCCACUCAGCCGGUCUGCUCGGCUCAGAGCCCGUUAACUUCUCCCGUAUAUGUGAACACCGAUUCUAUCAAUAUCUUUAAUUUCCGUGCCAUUCUUGCUGAGACCUCCAUGCCUGCCUCUGUUGAGGAGGUCCUUCCACGGCCAUUACAGCCUUCCUCGACCCAUAACUACAGCCCAGAGGAGGACAGACCUCUGGGCAUGGUUGAGGAUGUCUAUAGUAAUCACCAUCCUCAUCAUCAUCAUCGGCCAGUUCGAGCAGGACGAAUGCCUGUACCUCACUGCCCUCGGCCUGACGCUCUGCCGCCUCACCUUUCGGGGCCAAAAAGCAUGUACAGCCAGUCCUCUGAAAGCCGCUACAGCACUUUAGGUUUAAGGCACCCUUUGUCACCUCAGUACAGACGUAACCAUAGAGAUGAGCACCUUAUCAGUGGCUGCCACAGGCAACAAGGCCAGUGGCAGAGGUCAGAAGAUAGAAUACUCGGGCAUCCGGCCAUCCGGAGGGCUCGCUCCUUCCAUGCCCCUCAGAUUAGUCACUACGAGCUGGCAGAGACAGAAGUCCUGCCCCCUGACACCAUGUUUUAUGUCGAGCAGACGACAAGCCAAGAGGCACCCUACCAGAGGCUGAUUCAGACUGGCAUCAACCCUGUUCGGCAGCAAUUUGAGAACACAAGCGCUGAGUACCGUUAUGGCACUUACUCAGAUAUGAACCCAACAGAUGGUUCCCGCUAUUAUGUAGAGCCUUACCGACAAAGUGGUAUCCGACAUAGUCAGUCUUAUACCAUGCGUAACAUGAGGGAAAGCGGACAAUCAGAUUACUACAAUUACUCUCCACAUCGUGUCCCCCCUGUGAACAGGGAGCUUUACAUAGAAAGCAGGGACACUGUCGUUUACGAGGCUAGAGAUGCAGAAGUAUUUGAAAGAGUCGUAUAUCAACCGGUCAAGCAGGAGAGUAAAUCCAGACAUAAAAAUACAUGUCCAGCUGUGUCUCCUUAUGAGAGUCCUGUCUCACCAACUGACACAAGAAACAGAGACAUAAUGCACAUAAGGAGCAAGUCAGACCCAGGAAAUGCCUGCCUCCUUUCCACUGACAGGACGGAAAGCCAAAAUGUUGUGGUUGCUACAUCCCCAACGUCCCCGAGGUCUCAACAGGCGGACCCCGAGGGCACUAGGCAGUGCGGUCACCGGUCGGGCUCAGAGCCAGGACCAUCCAAGCGAAUCCAGAUCAAAGAGAGCCCCUCGCAGCAACCACCGCUUCGUAAAGUCCCCUCACUCCCAGAAAGGGCCCGUCCUAACCUCAAGAACAUCGAGCACAAAGACAGAAGCCAUACGCGAGGUCAUGACCAAGAUCGAUUAAUGAUGACCAACGCUGUCAACAGCUACUCUGGUGUUGUGAAACCCAGCAUCCUCAGGAGACCCGGGCGGUCACAGAGCACCAGAGAAAAUCGUCACUACUAUCAUUACCACGCCAAAUCCCCUCUGGAUCCUGAACAUCUGGUAUCCUUUCCAAGUCAGCUCAACAGAAGGACUCAGAGCACUAAAGUCAGGCCCACACAAUAUGACCACAUGGAGGGGUAUUACGCAGCUCCCAAACUUAAAGCCACAAGAUCCAGUAAAGCCGUGACCGGAUAUUUGCCCGGACAAGGCUGCAUGUCUCCCCGCGGGCACAGACUGCUGUCUAAGGCUCUGGGUCACGAGGCUUUUUGUCAUGCUGCACUGAGAUCAGAGGCCGGGGUCUACGAGGGAUUCUGACCACUGGUCUUUAUCUGAUUCUACACCGGGGCCAAAGGAGAACAGCACUUUAUCCUCUGCCAGACCAACAGACUGUUGCAUUGAAAGUGUGUUUGUUUUAACCUUCAGGAGCUGCUAAAAAAAAGUGUGAAGUGAGGCUGCUGCUGGGGAUUCAUACUGUCUCCAUCACUGGUAGUUUCAUAUUUUGCAAUGGCUUUUAAAGAUGCUGAAAGGGAACAAAUGAAUCGUAUGCAGAUAUUGUCUUAAAUUUAGAGAUUUGAAAAUAACAGUAAGAGAGAGGGCACGUUUGAGAAAAUGAUGGCUUGUAUUUUAUUUAAUGUCUAAACAACAAGAGAUGAAAAGUUAAAGUAACAGGUUUUAUUAAUAUUAUAUAUAAUAUUAUAUUUUAAAGUACAUAUUAGGAAUGUGUAUAAAACAACAUUCAUUUUAAAUGUAUUAUAUUUGUAUAAAUAACACACAGCUAACAUGUGGCCAAUGUACUGUACAUUUUGUUUUCUAUUCUAGUCUGCUCAGACUUCAACAAGCACUUUUGAGGAUAACUGUGUAUGAAACACAUUGUCUUAACGUGGUGUACAUGAAGCCUCUUGAUAUACAGUAUAUAUAUUUUUUCUGUAAGAAAUGGCUUGCUCUUAAUCAUCGUUAAAUACUAAAUUAGCACUUUUUGGGGUGGGUAAAAUGGAUGAUAACCUCCUGGUUUCUAACUUUUCGCGUUUUCCUUUCACACAUUGUAUAAUGCAAUCUUAACAUAACAAUGAGUGCUAUCAAAGCUACCAUGGCCAAUAUGCUAGACAUAAAUGCAAAUCAGCUCAUUCAGUUAGGUGAAAAAGUGUAUUUUAUAUGGCAGUGUGGUUUUGUCACAAAAAUGAACAUUUCUUUCCUCUUUUAAGGGAACUUUUAACAAUGUGGUGUUUUACAUGAACUAUGAUGUUGUUUUAUUCAUUAAAGCUAUUUCAAAUCCAAACAUGUAGAUGAGGAUAUUCUGUUAAAACAUGUUAAAUGCGUUAUUUUAGUGAGUCUAAAAAAAUAAAAAUAAAGGUGUAUUAUCAAUGA